AUGGCCAUGCUGCAAGCCAGGAGCAAGAUCAAGGCCAACUGCACUGGAAGCAGGUGUGGCCGGGAGCGCCCCAUCUCCGUGCUACAAAGGAACAAUCGAACGUCGGAGUCUAUCCCGGAGUUCCAAAUCCAGGAGGACGGGACCUGGAACACAUACUUUCUGCCGGGGGCGACCGUCCACGACAAGAGAGCUGUCACAUAUGGCAUCAAUGACAAGUACUACCUCAAGAAGCUCCGCACUGCGGACAACUCGGAGGCGCAGAACUUCAAAAUGCUCCAGUUGCCGGGCAAGACCCUGAUCGUUGAAGUAGACCUCAAUGGUGCCGGCUGCGGCUGCAAUGUGAACUUCUUCCUCGUCUCGAUGCCUGCUGCACAGCCUGGCGAGUAUGGGGAUUACUACUGUGAUGGCAAUGGGGUGGGCGGCAAUUUCUGCCCCGAGUUCGACACUAAUGAGAUGAACCAGCACGCGCUUCAGAUCACAAACCACAACUGCUGGGAGCCUUGGAGCAGGCAGACGUGCGACGGCGAUGGUGAUCCAGAGAUGAAGUUCUACCCUGGCGAGUUCGGGCCAGGAGACGGGAACAAGAUUGACACCAAUCAGAAGUUCUUCUUUUCAGUUCAGAUGAAGGAGGUGAUUCACGGAGAUUCGGAUCCGGCCAACCACCUCAUCGUGGAAACCAGGGCUUGGCAGGGGCCGGGCCGUGUUAUCAAGAAGCAGAUGGGCGGUGUCAACUCACCCAUGAAUGGCAUGUGGGGAAAUCUCGCCAAGGGCAUGGUCUUGGUCAUCGACUAUUGGGAGAGCCAGGACCUGACAUGGCUGGAUGGUGCAGCGUGCCAUGCCCCUUCUUACUGCAGUGGGAACAAGGCCACAAUUAGCAACAUGCAGCUGAUCAAGAACGACCACCCAUCGCUGUCGGCGAGCUGCCCGGCGCAGGAGGGCUACAGUUGUGACUGGGCCGACCAAGAAGGUGCUUGUGACAAUGAUGAUGCGACGGAGGGCUGGUGUCGGUGCUGCUGCACCAAAUGCAGCUUGGUCGGCCUGCUGUUCGAGUUCUGCUCGGGAGGGCACCUUCUCAACUUCCUCGACAAGCAUGAGGGGAGGCUUUCCGAGAAGCUUAUCGUGGAGACUUUGUCCGAAGUCGUGGCAGGAGUCGCCGUGCUGCACAGCUUUCUGCCACCAGUGCAACAUCGCGACUUGAAAGUGGAGAACGUGCUUCGGGGCAGCGACGGACAUUGGAAGCUCUUGGACUUCGGCUCAUGGAGCGACGAGCGCCUCGAGCCGGGAAGCCUGGACAAGCCAGCUCUGUCGGCCCUACAGGAGCAGAUCGACAAGUAUACGACCAUGAUCUAUCGGCCACCGGAGAUGGUUGACUUCUUCGCGGAGUUUCCGAUCUCAGAAAAGGUCGACGUGUGGAUGAUCGGCUGCAUCCUGUACACCUUGAUGUUUUACAGGCAUCCGUUCCAAGACGAGUCGCCCCUGGCCAUUGCCAAUGCUCGCUAUCCCUGGCCGUCUACGCCGGAGCAUUCCGAGAAGCUGCGGGAUCUUACACACUGGCUCCUGGCGAGGGAUCCCUCCCAUCGCCCGGACGCCGCAUCGCUCCUGUCGCUGCUGGUCUGCUUCGAUGAGGCAGAGGUAACUCCGCCCAAAGCCGUCCUCGAGAAGUCGGAGAAGUUUCGCCGGCUCUACGAGCCCGGCAAGUCCUGCCGAGAGCCGCAGUCGCCCAGCGCUGGCAGCGAUGCCCUGGCCGGCGACAGUGAACGGAAGAGGUCUAAACCGCACAAGCACCGGCAGACCUCCAAGAAGAAGGCACAGGCAGAAACACUGCCCGAUGAGGGAUGGCCUGCUGCGGUGUCGUCCGAGCUUCAGUGGGCCAACUUUGAUGGCUUCCACCAGGAGCCUUCGUCGGCGGGUUCAGCAUCGCCCAGUCGCUCGGAAGCGCCGGGGCGCGGUGCCUGGGCCCACUUCGAGGAGGAACGGACACGGCCCAUGGAGGUUGCACCGGAUCCUGUGAGUGCAUCAAUUCCACCGGAUCCCUGGUCAGCAUGGAGCAGCCCAACGCACGAACCCUCCACUGGUUCCCAGUCGCCGGUCAAGGCUCCAAACGUCGUUGUCAAGCCACCGGACUGGGCAGGAAGAGGUGGCGUUGCCUCGGAACGCACAGAUGCUGGGUGGCCACUCGACUCAGUCGAGGUGUCCGCCUGGCCGGAGCAGGAGAUGCAGCUUGGUGAAUGUUACCACGUCGACAUGGUGUCUACGAAUGCCGCCUUCUUGAUGUGGCUUGCAGGCCUUGUCUAUGCCUUCGUGACACCCUGGACAGUUGCUGAACACGCACAUAAAGCUUGGAUUAUCAUGCUGUGCGCCUUCUGUAAUUUCUUCGCGGUGGCCACCACACGAUUCAACGACUCGGGCUUCACUAGUGGAUUGGCAUUCUGGCUUCCACCCUUCUUUUUUUGUAACUUCCUGCUGCUCCUCGGGGGUGCGCUGCCCACCAUGUUGGUCGGAGGAUGCCUUUCUGGGUAUUUCGUAUCAUCAAGUCAGACCGCACCUGUAACGAUUGCUGUGGCCAGCCUGGUGGCCCUGGCAGCGCUCUUCUUUUACGAUGUCUGGGCCUGGCUACCCAACGUGGGCUGUCUGGGCGGUGCCGGGAGUUCGGAAGGCUUCGACAGCUCUUACCAGCGGGCCGGCUUGCUUCCGACUGCUUUUGCAGUACCCUUCGUGUUGUCGGCAUCCCUCACGCCACUGCUGAACGCACUAGACCUGCCCAUCAUGCAGACUGCAGGCCAGGCGCCAGACAACUGGGAAAUCAACUGCUUCUCAUGUGUCUCGGUCUGUCUGGGAUCCGAGCCCCGCCAGCCCUUCAAGACGGAGGCGCGACAUGGCGCUGGGCGCUAG